GUAAAUUGGGCUAUGGCAGAGCCCAGGAAGUGAUCCCAUCUCUCACUCCAACGCUCUCAACCGAUGAAUAUAACAAGACCGAAAUUCUAGGAUCAAGAAGGCUUUGUGGUCUUUUAUCUUAUCAACACUUAAAUGUUCAUUCUUAGAAGAUUUUGGAUUCUUCAUCUUAUCUUUGUACACAGCCUUGUGCAGAUCAAGGAACCCGACCAAGGCCUUACAGCAUCGCGAGUAUUUCCGAGAUUAUUCACUCACGUAACUGCGGAUUGCAUCAAGGCUUCUCAGACCUCUGAUAAAAAUGGCACCUUCUUACGACGAGUGGCUGGCAGUAAAGCAAACACUUUUCUAUGCUUGGCACGGAGGAAAACCACUCAAUUCUGAUUUCAUUCGAUGGAUGAAAGAAGAGCAUGCAUUUAUUGCAUCGUGAGGCCAAUGUAGCCCCUUCCAUCUUCGUAUGCUGAUGACAUGAUCCAGGAAGGGUCAGUACGAGAGGAAAUUCAAAGAAUGGGGUUGGCGCAAAAACCUCACAGAAGACGAAAUGCAACAUGUCCUUUUCCAGUUCGAGACACGGAAAAGAAUUGGUAAAAAGAGCGAAGUCACACUCGCUGUUGGGGACUUCAACGUAGUCAAGGUAGUCAUUCCAUAA